AUGUUAAAGAAUAGGUAUAUUUUAUUCAAAAUUAUUAAUUGCAUUAGGUUUUGUGGAGCUUUUGAACUGGCUCUUUGGGGACAUGAUGAGAGCGAUUCUUCCGAGAAUCCAAGGAUAUUUCGUAAACUCAUAAAUUUCUCGGCUGAAUUAGAUGCAACUCUAAGUGACCACCAAAAAAAUUCUUCGGUAUUUAAAGGCACCUUUAAAGAAAUACAGAACGAUCUGUUACAGUGUAUGCUCGAUGUCUGUCAUGAACAAAUAAUUGAGGAAAUAAAUAAUUCUCCAUUUUUGACGAUCAUGGCAGACGAAACAAUGGAUUUUGCUGCAAAAACUCAACUGGUAGUUAAAUUUUUAGAUAUGUUAGCAAUGGUGAGUGAAAAAUGUGAUGCAGAAACACUUAGUAAAACAAUUUUAACUGUUAUAGAUCCUUUAAUUCAAAAUUCACCGAACAAAUUGAUUGCACAAAGUUUUGAUGGAGCCGCUGUGAUAAGCGUCCAACACGCAGGAGUUCGAGCACUAAUUAAAAAGUAA